AGAUACUCGAGGCAGUAUGACGAGACCUACAGAUACAGAACCACCCAAUGAACAAGCCCACCAUGGUACUACACAUGCAAGGAAGCGGAAAUUCAAGGAUACGUAUGACCCCAGCAAGGAAGACUUCCCGGACGAUCCUUGGUAUGCCUUGGACCAUGAUCGUAUUACAACCACGGUUAGGAACAUGUGCGAUAAUCUAAUUAUCCCACUUCAACGUCACGAGUCAGUUGAUCAAGGAAUUAAAGACCUGGUAAAGGCUUUACAAGCCGCGAAGCAAUUACCCAGAAUCAAGAAUUUACGGUUGGCAAGUCUUGGAGAACAGGGGAAAGGCAAAAGCUCCCUGAUCAAUGCCGUGUUGGACCGCAAGCUCUUAGGCGCUUCUGGUGGCUCCGUGGCCGAAACCGCCUUUGCGACCACCGUCCUGUAUAAAGAGGGGGCCGAUGACCACACUCGACGCAGCGAUGUUAAGAUCCAGUUCUGGGACGCGGAAGAAACAGGAGUUCGUAUCAAGGAACAGAUCGACCGUUGGACCGCCGUAUACCCCGGCUCAACGUCUGACCAGCUUCAAGACAGUGGUGAAGACGAUGCCGCUAGUGAUACCUCAGAUCACGAAACCCCAAUCAAAGACGAUCCGGACAACCUACAAGGACGAAAAGUUGCUUCGAAGACGCUACAGCGCGGUGCAGCUACCGCAAAAGACUUCUUCGGAGUUAUCUUCAACACCAAAGAAGACGAGACGGCCAAGCGCUGGCUUGAUGAAAUUUUGCACUCGCCCAGCUUUCGAAAUAGCGACUUCUAUCAGGUUUGUCACGAACGGGCUCGAAAACGUCUUCUUGAGAUCAGUAGUCAGGCCGAUACGCACACUUCACUAUCAGAACACAAAGAUAUCUCCGACAAAGACUUGACUCGGGUUCGCAUUUUGAUCAAACAGAUAUGGCCGUUCGUCAAAUCUGUCACAAUCGCGACUGGUCAUGUCCUCCUUCGAAAUGGGCUGAGUUUCAUUGAUCUACCUGGUUACGGAGACACGAGUCAGCUUCGUGAAACGGUCAUCAAUGACUUCCGUCGAAAGGCCGACUGUGAGAUAGUGGUAGCACCAUUUUCUCGUCUGCAAACAAGUACAGUGCAGGAACGCUAUCUUGGCCGAUCAAUCCGUCGAAACGGCGCGAAUAAAACAUUUCUCGUCAUGAACAGGUCGGACGAGCUACUUAAUGAGAAUGAUGUAGGGGAAAUGAUCAGCCAGAUGAAGGAAGAGCCCUUCCUAAGCUUGACCGCACGUUUAACCUAUAUCGAAAGUAUUAAUGAUGACGACGAUCAAGAUGAAGAUGAAAUUAAGAAUAGCUUGGAUCAGAUCAUGAAAGAAGCUACUAUAGCUUACAUCGAGCGUGAAACGAGAUUGGUCCAGACGCAAAUGGCUCAGAAGGGCGUCAAAGUCUUCGCCGUGUCCGCUCUUUCGUACCUCCUAUUGACGAAUCGCCUUUGGAGGCAGGUCCCAGUCCUUACUGCAGAGGAGUCUGGGAUCCCUGCUUUCCGACAGUUCCUAUACAGUCUUCCCGCAGAGUCAAACCACCGCAGUUACCGAGAUCAUAUUUUCCAUGCGCUACCAGCCGCUCGAAAGCGGGCUACAACUGUGCUUGACAAACACAUUGAAGACAAAGGCUACGCUAGGAUGCGAAAGGACCUGGAAAUCCAAAUACCUGUCCUCGAGGAACAACUCAGAGGCCUCGGGGCUAGGCAGAUAGAAAUGCUUGUGGCAAAGCUUUGGUGUCAGAGCGGGCUGGAGGCUGCGACCAGUGGUAUCCGGUUGCUGGCUCGGCAGGAAUGGAUUCAUGCGAGAAUUCACCACUCCGGAUUUGCAAAGAUGCUUCGAGAGAACGGCAUCCCUGUUGACGGCAAAUUCUGCGGCCGCAAUCUGAAUGAUGACAUUCUUGGUACAUUGAAAGGAUAUAUCAAGCAAUGGCAUAACAAGAUGCAGCCAAGAGCAGAACAACUUUCGCGACGCCUGUAUAGACCUGUUCAAGACCUUUUCACGGGUAUCGAAAGAUCCAUCAACCGUACAUCUGCACACCCAGCUUUGAAAAGAGAUGCAAUCGAGGCGUUAACAGAUGCAUCGGACGAAACCAGGACAGCUUACGACAUCAUGGCACUGGAGCUGGGCAAAUCUCUUAGAGAGAACUAUCUAUGGUUUACUACGGAGAUCGACAUAUAUUGCCCCAUUGCAAGAGAGAUGAAUCCUGUCUACAAUCAAGCCCUGGGUGUUGUAGGAGGUCGGGGCAGUUAUGACAGGCAACGCAACAAGAUCCUGGAGUCCAUCCUGCCCAAUGCAGAGAAUCCGGAUACUGAGCUCUUUUGCCCACUGAUCAAAAACCUCGAGAUGCAACUCAUGAGCCGCCAGAAAGAUGUAUGGAAGGUUCCAUGCGAUACAUUCAUCACAGAAGCAAUAGCUCAGCUGAACGACUUCUCUCAUAUCGCAGAACAGCUUCUGAUGGACGAUGCUUACGCGACAGAGCAGCACAAAGAGGCUCGCAAGGAGUUGACGAGGCUGCUUGUCGACUUUGACAAGCGCUUGAAAGAUCUCCAGGAUCACUUUACACACCCGGCGGAACACCCGCCAGGGAAGAAGGCCAAGCGCAAGGACGGCGGGGAAGAAUUGGCUCUGUUUUACCCCAUGGGCAUAGACUUGCCUUCUCUUCUUGAAGAGUAGUUUUCGGAAAAUACUUGGUAGCUUGCAGGUUUCACUCCUUGUGCGUUCGGCAUUGUCUUCAGGCGUUCUCAUAUUUGAUUGUUUUGGGUAGUGAUUAUGUAUGAGCAUAUUCGGAA